AUGUUUACUCCUCCUCUGGAUCCUAAGAAGAAUAUAAAGCCAAAGGUGGCGCAACUUUGCGAAAUAUGUCAUUCUCGAAAGGCGUUGAUGAAGAGGCCGAAAAACCUGCAAAAGAUCUGUAAAUUAUGCUUCUUUUGUGUGUUUGAGACUGAAAUUCACAAUACCAUUGUGACCAAUAAGCUAUUUCAAAAGGGUGAGAGGAUUGCGGUUGGUGCUUCAGGUGGUAAGGAUUCUACUGUGCUGGCAUAUGUGUUAAAAUUGCUGAAUGAGCGACAUAACUAUGGAGUUGAAAUUGUACUAUUAAGUAUAGAUGAAGGUAUUGUUGGGUAUAGAGAUGAUUCGCUUGCUACUGUGAAGAGGAACCAGGUGCAAUACGACCUACCGCUGGAGAUUGUUUCGUACAGGGAUCUUUAUAACUGGACCAUGGAUGAGAUCGUUGCAUGUGCUGGGAUUAGAAAUAGUUGCACAUACUGCGGUGUUUUCAGAAGACAAGCUUUAGAUCGCGGGGCGGGAUUAUUGGGGAUUAAUCAUGUUGUAACGGGCCAUAAUGCUGACGAUAUGGCUGAGACAGUGCUUAUGAACAUUCUCCGUGGAGAUGUUGCACGUCUAGAUAAGUCUACGGCCAUCAUAACACAAAGCAGCGGCUCGCCGAUCAAAAGAUCGAAGCCAUUUAAAUAUUCAUAUCAAAAGGAAAUAGUGCUUUACGCACAUUACAAAAAACUUGAUUACUUCUCCACCGAGUGUAGUUAUGCUCCAGAGGCCUUUAGAGGUACAGCUCGAGAGUUGAUGAAGAACCUGGAAGCGGUCAGACCCAGUUGUAUAAUUGACAUUAUCCAUAGCGGAGAAAGUUUUCGCCUCAAACCUAAAAGGGUUAAAAAGGCCCCUCCAGCUGAUCAUAUAGAGGUCAGGUCGGAUGGUUCGGUCUCACUUCAACGGGGAAAUAGCUUUGUGGAUGGGAACAGAUGUGAAAGAUGCGGUUAUUUAUCUAGCAACCGCAUCUGUAAGGCAUGCAUGCUCCUAGAAGGGCUUGAAAGAAGUAGAGCAAAAGUCAUGAUAGACAGAGAUGUUUCCACAGACGGUGCUGCGAAACUGGGGCGAACUUUAGAAAAGUUAACUUUUUAA